AUGGAUUCGUCUCGCGAAGCUAAUCGCAAACACGAUGACGACAAGAAAAGAGAAGACGAGAUCAUCGUUGCACUUGCACACGAGGCUCGUGAGUCUAGAGCACGUGCCAACAAGAGGUUUAUAAAAGAAACAAAGCUGAUGGAGAAGAGGACGCAUGUGCUUCAUCCCAUGGCUAAAGAUUUCAGGCACUACAGGAAAAUGUGAAGGCGCAUGCCUCACCUGUGAUUGCCCCAGAAGAUGAAUACAGUUCUCUAUUCUAUCGUUAUCGAAAUUUUG